ACAGUUAUCCAGUAUUAUCCCAUAGUCAUAAAGUUAAGCAAUUGAUAAGUUACAAAUGAUCUUUUUCUAUGAAUCUGUAACGUCCCAUCUGAGUACACCUCUUUUGCACAAUAGUGAUCCAGAUGUCCUUUCAAUUGGUUCAGAUUUCACAGUCCAGGCCAUAUUUUAUCUUUCCUGUUUACCGUAAAUUCUUGAAGAUCACUGAACUUUAACGAGUUCCCGACAAGAUGGCAACUGCUUCACAUUCGCCAUUGACAAGCUCUGUGGAGAAAGUAAAUGGAGCCAAGCUCAGCAGACUUCUCAUUGAUGGUGGAACAACAGCACUAAGGACCAUUUUUGAUGGCUAUCACCCUCCUGCGAAUCUUUCUGCUGGUCUUAAUGCCUACUACUCCACCCUGGUCCAUCUCUUUAGGAAGAUGGUCCUACGUUCAGCUCAGUGGGAAAAACUGUUCCCUACAUGCGGAGCAGCACCAGACUCUAACACGUUUGAUAUUACUCUUCUAUUUCUUCUUCUCACCAACAUUUGCGGACUUUACUCCCCUCUCUCGGGGUGGCAUGUAAAGCCCCCUCCAAGUGACAAUUCUUUCGAGGCAAACCUUGCUCGGGUGAAGUUCUUCCGCAACGAGUUGUAUGGUCACUUGGCUACUACUGCUAUUGACACGCCCGCUUUCUCUAGUUUAUGGCAGGAUAUAAGUGCUGUCCUUGUUCCUCUUGGCUUGGAUAACGUAGCCAUAGAGAGAUUGAAGCUAGAGCACUCUGGAGAGGAAGACUAUAUCGAAAUACUAAACGAAUGGGCGAAAAGUGAAGAGGACAUCAAGUCGCAGCUGAUAGACAUUCAGCAAUCUCAAACACAAACAGCACAAAAUAUCGCCGAAUUGCGUCAGGGGUUCGAUGAAAUGAAAAACACCUUUAUCAAAUCUUGCGAGACCAACGAGAGCGUGGAAAAUCGUAGAAGAAGGGACGAAGAAGAUAAAAUUCUUAAAGCACUCGCAAUGAUUAACACAGUAAAAGAUGUUGAACACCAUUCAGGAAGAUAUCAGGAGGGAACUCGUUUGUCAAUUUUGACGAAGGUGGAGAAUUGGAUGGAUGACAGAAGCUCUGAGAAUCGUGUCUUGGUGAUUAGUGGAAAGGCUGGCAUGGGAAAAUCUGUGAUCUCUGCAGUUGUCUGCAAAAGAAUGCUACAAGCUAACAGACUAUCUGGAAGCCAUUUUUGUCAACAUGGCAAGGCACGCCAUAGGAAUCCCAAGGUUAUGCUUCAGUCUUUAGCUUGUCAGCUGUCUAACAUUAUUCCAGAAUUCAGGAUUGCCAUCGUGGAAAUUCUGUCAAGAAAUCUAGGAGGAGAUCUCAACAGCAUGGAAGUUAGUGAUCUCUUUGAAUUGCUGCUCGCGGAACCUCUUUCCAGAGUCAAAGACCCAGGAAGGAACAUCCUUAUGGUAAUAGAUGGCUUGGACGAGAGUGAAUAUCAAGGCCGCAACGAAUUGCUUGAUGUGAUUGCUAAUCAUUUUUGUAAACUCCCAGCGUGGGUUCGAUUUCUUGUGACAACUCGUCCUGAAAUCAAUAUCGCCGAUAAUCUUAAGGGUUUAGAACCUUUACAGCUUGAACCAAGUGAUCAUGAGAACUUACAAGACAUUCGCCAUUAUAUUAAUUGCAAACUGGGGCAGUCUGAAAUUCAAGAGGAUGUUUUGAAUUAUCUUGUGGAAAAGUCAGAAGGAGUAAUGUUGUUUUCUUACUAUUUAGUUGAUUUUGUAAUCAAAAUGGAGGCACCUGUCACUCCAGAGCUGCUAGAGAACGAUUUGCCAUCUGGUAUUUCAUCUGUUUACGCGUCCUAUUUCAAACGUCUAGAGAAUGAACUCGUAAAGGAACUGGAGAUUAGAGAGGAGCACUUUUUUGCUUUCCUUAGUGCAGUUACAGCAUCGAGAGAACCAUUACCAGUUGCUUUUGUUGCAAAAUUGUUCCUGUUGGACACUAGUACAGCUGUUAGUAAACGUAAAUUUAUGAGGGCAAUUUCUUGCAUUUCAACUCUUCUGACAGUUGAAGAUUACCGGGUCAAGUUCUUCCACAAGUCGGCCAAAGACUGGUUGACCGAUACUUCUUCGUAUGGACAGCACGACUUUACCUUAGAUAUGAGUGAAGGUCAUAGUAUUCUUUCUAAACUUUGCUCUGAGGAACUUGAUCGUCUUAAGCAUCGCGGUGUUUUUGAACAAAACUUCAGUGACACUGAAACCUAUUCCCUACAACAUGGUGUCACACACAUGCUUGAGGAUGUAAGGUCAGAGGAUAGUAAGGCAUUAGUGGAGAUGUUUGUCUUAGACUUGGAGCUCGUUUGCGCUAAACUCUGCGUGGAUCACGCAGCGGCAGCUGAAGACAUUGUAUGUAGUCAAAAACAGGCCAUUUUAUCAGUGCUACCUGAAGAAAUUAAAACUCAGUUGGAUAACUUAUUGCUUUUGUUAAGAAAAUACCACGAAAGUUUGAAACAUCUUCCUUAUUUAGUCCUGCAAACCGUUUUGAAUGAGGGAGAACCGCAACUGUCUUCCCAGGCAUCAUAUCUUCUAAGCACGAAAUACCCGAUCAUUACCUUCAUGGAAUACCUUCACAAGGAUGUUCAUGAGGAGGCUCCCAAAGCCGCCUUUCGAUGCUCAGCUGAAGUGGUCUGUUUCGAUGUCUCGCCGCAGUCUGAGUACAUGGUGUGUGAAUGUAAAGAUGAGAUGCUUUACCUGUGGUCGCUUCGCAGUGGCAAAUUAGAAUGGAAACGCCCCAGUAAAGUAAAGAAACAAUAUUCACCUGGCGACUUCACGUAUCGAACGUCGCCUUCCUCUGAUGUCUUUUCAUGCUACCGUUCAGUUGUUUUUCAUCCUUUUAAGGAAGUUGUCCUACCAGGAACGCUUAGGUCAGCCUAUUCGUAUGACGGGGAUCUUAAACCACUUUUUCCAGAAAGUAAUUGCAUAUUCACUGUUUGUUCACUGUUAAAUACAAACGGCGAGGUUGCGAUUGUAACAGAUUGUCCAGAUGAUGCUAAAUGUAUUAUUUUGUGGAGUCUUGAAAAUGGUUCUCAGGUUGCUAAUAUUCGCAGGGAUGAAGAUGUUUUUUCGUUCGCUUGUUCUCUUGAUGGUAGGAUGCUGGCAGUUUCCCAUUCUUCCGGCUCGAUUUGUUUGAUUGACACAGUAAACAAGUUUAGAAUACUAGCAGAAAAUACCAUUCCAAGCGUUUGUGGAAUGAUUCAGUUCUCCCAUGACAAUCAGUUUCUCCUCUGUUGGCACGAAAGCAAUACACCACCUCAUAACGUUUAUAAGCUGAAAAUCAAACGAAUCAACCCAGACACAUUUUCGCUUGCUGGUCGUGCGUCUUGUUAGGUUUCAUAUAAACCUUGGGAGUAUGAAACUGCCUGUACAAUCGGAUUUCUGUUAGGAGAUCCUUUCUCUUGUAUCUUUGAGACCAUAUCUGGUCACCCAGUCUUUGUAGAGGGGGCAUUUGUCUUUGUCCUUUCUGAGGAAACUGUCUUGAGGCUUUAUCCUAAAAGUCGCUCAGUGGCAAUGUUCAGAGUGAACGAGAUAGGUAGCUUCACCAACUCAGCAUACCACCCACACUAUUCAACAGCCACGAAGAUAGCAUUUUCGUUAAAUGGAGAGAUUCUCUACGUCAUUUCCAAAGUUCCCGACGGAACGGAAAUCAUGGCCUGGAACGUUCCAUCGAGAAACCUCAAAGCAAGAAGGAAGAUUGGACUUACGAGGAGGGAGUGCCUUACGCCUGUAGCGGAAGGUGUUAUUAUUGCCAAAGACUCUGGCCGUCCCGAACUGUGGGAUUUUGAUUUGUCGUAUUCUAUACGUUCUUGGUCACAGGUGUGUAACAUUACCGAUGUGAUUCUGCUGUCAAGAAAUCAUGUGGCAUGUGUAGGGUCUAGAGAUAAAGAGGUGAUUAUCCUAGAUUCAAGAAGUACAGCCAUAAAGGAACGUAUCCCGUUUUGUCGUGACGAAUAUGAAUCAACCAUUGAAAGUUUGGGGAUAGAAGCCAUUGCAUGUAACAGCAAAUAUGAAGUGCUAUCCACGGACCGACGAUCCAUUCAGCUGUCGAAUGGUCAAGGCAUUAUCUGGAAAAAGGAAUGGCACGAUUCUCUACUGCAUAGUUACAGUCUCCCAGGGAUGUUCUCACCAAAAGAAGAAUUUGUCUUGCUCUCGGCGAAACGCAGUGAUUGUGAUGAUCAGGAGGUAUUUGUUCUCGAUGCCUCUUCUGGGGAACAUCGCUCCAUUCUCUGUAGAGGUGCUUUGUUAUUUGACUGUAAGUUCGUCAGUGAUGAGGAAUGUGUCAUUGAUUGCCGGGAUACCUCACUGGAUUAUGGUCUUCGUCUGUUCAAUAUGAGGACCCGUGACCUGCUCUGUGUUCUGACAAGGGUGUUCAGAACGUUUUGCGUGGUAACCUGUCUGCCGAACCAUGCGAUUGCGAUUGACGUACCCGCUGCAAUUAGUACAGAGAAAAAUUUCAGAAUCAUCCAGGUAAACAACCUGCAAAGUGAAGAAAAGACGAAGGAGAAAAUGCUGAAAAAGAAACAGCAGUGAAAAUGAGAGCGAAGUGAUGAACAAAUUUCAGACUCUGCCAUAGGAACCCUCCAGGCAGUCGGUACUGCUUCGUCAGUGUUAUAAACGAGAGACAACAGCACAGUGAACUAGAAGUCAUGCGGAGAGAAAAGCUACUUCUUGCUGUCACAGACGCGCACAGUACCAAUGAAUUUACGUACAACUCUGCCAAGCACUAGGAGGGCAAAUGGACGAGUCAAUCGUGUUCUGUAGUUAUUUUUUAUGCCUAUAGUUGUUGUUUUUACUUACAUUCCAAGGCAUUUUGUCCAAGGUUGUUUUGUAUCUGGAAGCUUUUCCAACAUCGCUGUCAAAGUGAAAUUAAGUGGUCCAACCGAAAAUUAGUCAUGCAAGAAAGAAAUUUUAGUAUAACUGGUCAUUGACCAGUUUUCUUGAUUAUCUCGUUCCCGAUGCCGCAGACAUGUGGUGUUGUGCACCGGAGUUCGUCAGUAUAACCACAGUGAUGAACUUUAGAAAAGUAGCAGCAUCAAAAUCUUUAUGCACUUAAGCUAGCAGUCUUUGUACAGCACAGGCGGUAAAAACUAUAGAACGGAUACAUGAAGGUUCGAUAGAAGGAUAGAAAGAUA